UAUGUAAAGUGUGAAGCGGUUAUCUGGAUAGAUCGGAAUUCAUGAAGCCAUGUCUAUUGACCAGGAUUCGCUUGAAGAGGCUAGUGAGGCCGAAGCUGCGGAGGAGCGACUGGACCUGAGCGGCACAGGACUGGAGCGUAUCCCAGAGGCUCUGGUCACCUCCUGGCCGGACCUUCGGGAACUCGUCAUCUCCAGGAACCGCGUGCUGGACAACCUCCAUCUCCUGGAGAGGCUUCCGGGACUGCGCAGGUUGGUGGUAAGCGCAAACCAAUGGACCGCUCUACCGGCCGCCGUCUCCCGUCUGAGGAACCUGAGACAGCUGGAUAUUUCUGACAACCGUCUAGCAGUUCUGUCAGAGGAUCUCGCCAACCUUACCAAGCUAGAAGAGCUCCGGGUAGACCGCAAUGUGUUGGUCAGUCUGCCUGGGCGAGAGGGGUCCUUCCCGAAACUCAAACAUCUGUCAGCGUCCCACAACCAACUCGGUGUCCUGCCGGCCUUCCUCUGUAGGAGCAAGGACAUGAGAGCCCUCCAUAUACUGGAGACGAAUGAAGGAAGGAAGGACUCAGACUCUGGGCUAGGUGGAGAAGAGUUGAGAACAGUCAAUCUUAGAGCGAACUGCCUCAAAGGGAAUAUCAUCCUCGGCAACUACGGGAACUUAACUCAGCUGGACGUGAGUGAGAACAGCAUCGAGUCUCUGGACCUGAGCGCGCUGGACAAACUGGAGAAUGUUCAAUGUUCCAAGAACCAACUACUUGAACUGUCCCUGAAUGGAACAGCACUGGUGUCACUUAUAGCUGGCAACAACAAACUUCAGAGGCUUUCUGUCACGCCCCGUCCUUCCAAACUGAAACAUCUUGACAUCUCUUACAAUGACCUUUCAACGUUGCCAGAGUGGAUAGCUGGCUGCCACCACCUGAGGUCACUGUUUGCCAGCCACAAUCAGCUGACGUCACUGCCAGAUCACCUGUUCUGCAGUGAGCUCAGCUGUUUACAGACACUCCAGCUGAGUUUCAACAAGCUAAUCUCCUUACCAGCUGUCAUCCGCCAUAUACCUCUGCAGCAACUGUUUCUGCAGAGCAAUUGCAUUUCUAGUCUUCCUGAACACUUCUUCGUUGCUUCAUCCCGGAUGAGGGUCCUCAACAUUUCCAACAACUGCCUCCAGUCAUUACCAACCUCAGUGGCUGAUAACCAUCAGCUGGAGACACUGCUCAUUACUGCCAACCUGAUAACUGAUCUCAGCCCUCUCGUCAGGUUUGCCAACCUCCGCACUCUACAUGCAGCUUACAACACUAUUCAUAUGUUGCCUGACAGCUGUACAUCUGCAUGGCCUGAACUGGAAGAAAUUGUGUUGUCAGGAAACCAGAUCACUCAGUUACCAGAGAAUAUCACUCAGUUGCGACAUCUGAGGGUGCUCAGGAUACAUUCAAACCUGCUCAGGACUUGUCCUAGUGUGGGCAGUAUAGCAGCUCUCAGGGUUUUGGACCUGGCUCACAAUCAGUUGGAUAGAGUAAACCUCGCAGCCAUCGUCUCACAGAGGCUUCAGUUCCUUGACAUCUCUGGCAACGCAAGGCUGCAUGUUGAUGCCAAACAGUUCCAAGCUUACAGGCACCAGCGUGCUAUGAGUCUGGUGGACGUGUCAGGACAGAACCGCAGUUGUAUCCCAUCUUCUCCUCCUCACCAAGAGGUCCCUCCUGGAGACCUGGCCUCACCAUGGACUCUAGGCUUCUCUGAGACUCCAGGACAGAGAGACAGGCUGUGCAUAUCCCAGUUAAGGUUGCCAGGGUUCUGCAACACUGAAGCGUUGCUGGGACUGUUUGAUUCUGGCAACAAUGCAGAUCUGCCGCAGCUCUUGGUCAAGGCUGUGCCGAGGAUAUUGUUGGAGGAACGGACUGUCAAGGAGACUGCCUCGGACUAUAUGAAAUACACCUUGCUGUCAGCUCACAGAGAGCUGAAGGAGGCUGGACAGAGGUGUGGACUUUGUGCGGUCGUGUGCCAUAUCACCAGACAGUGGGUGGGGGGACCUCGUAGGUAUGUACUGAGGAUAGCCAGUGUCGGAGAAGCUAAGGCCCUACUGUCCAGAACUACAGGCUCCCUGACUUUUGCACAUGCCCCUCCUCAGCAGUCAGUAAGGAGUCAGCUAGGCAACAGUGCAAUGUUUCCUAUGGUUGUACCCGACCCCCACGUCACUGAGAUAGUUCUCACUGAGCAGGAUGAGUUUCUCAUCAUAGCAAACAAGAGCUUGUGGGAGGUGAUGAGCGUGCAGGAAUCAGUGAAGGUGGUACGUCCAGUGAGAGACGCAGUUUUGGCAGCCAAGAAGUUGCAGGAUAUGGCACAAAGUUAUGGCUGCGAGGACAACUUGAGCGUGUUGGUACUGCGGUUCCACUCACUUUCUGCGGAGUUGGACCCCUUCGUGCAGGAACUGCGGACUACUCUUCGUAAAGCCACUUCACAUGGAAACAUGUUAAGUGAUGGUGAGAUGGAGGGAGAGGGGGACAGAUCCUCUCCUAGUGGUCAAAGUGAUCAAGCUAGCAGUGGACGACAUGGUGAUCACUUGAACAUAGUCCAGACUAGACACUAUGUCGCUGACAAAAAUGACUUGAUAACACCCCGGUCCUACCAGUCAGUUCUGAUGCAUGAGAAUGGUACAAGGAAAAUGACUCCAAAGCACAAAGGACUCGACCUUUACACCAAUGGAAACUUGGCUGAUGCCGAAGAAACAUCUUCUGACAGAUCUACAGCGCUGUCGGAGGAGCAGUUCCGGUGCUGGGAGUAUAUGCUGGAACAGAACACACAACUUUUGUUUGACAAGGAGUUGGAUACUUUGUCUCGAGGGUUCAUCCGUCGUUCUGUCCCAUCCAGACCUACACUGUGGCCUCGAACGAGGAGCAACCCAGCUCUCAAUGAGCCUACACAGCCCGCCUUGCUGUCCAGACACUUUGGGAGUGCCAGAUCAUUUCAUCCGAUCCCUAACAGACCUCUGGGCACCGUGAGGUCACUACACGGAGGCCCCAAUGCAGCUUACUUCGGCAGUCUGCAGCGGCUGAUGCCGUACCAUCUGGAGUACGACUUUGCUGUGAUCAGAGAGAGGUCUGAGCCCGGCAGUGACUCUCUUGAACAGGACGGAGGCAGAAUGCACAAAUACUGGGAUGUUGCCACAACUGAACUAUGAUUCUUGUGUUUGAAUGUCAUAGAUUUGCUCAUAUAACCCUAAAUGAAAUCAAGAAUAAGGCUAAGUAGCUUAAGAUUAACAAUUAUUAAUAGUAUCUCUAACAUAAAACGUGAACUGAUACUGUAGAAAAAAUUUUUCAUUCUCUGAUAGUUGAAUUAAAAUAUAAAAAUAAUCCUGUUAGAACAAUAAUCAAUGCCUCUGAAUUCAUUGAUCUUUGAUGCACUUGCAUUAAAACCCACAGGUUUCUUAUAGAUGAAGCCAAGAACCCACAGUUCAAAUAUCAUUAAAAUUUAUAUUAACAAUUCAAAUUUCAGUAUAAAAAAGCUGGCUGUGUUUGAGUUCUGUAUAAGUGAAAGUAAGGGUCUACUGUACUAACUAAUCCUAUAAAUACGGGUUUUGUAUUGAAUUAGACGCCUGGAAUUGUCUGUUAGUAACAGUUUAAGUAAUAAACAUUUAAAUAUGUAGAAUUUUUCUUUGUGUGAAUUGAUUGUUUCCAUAACAUGUGCAAUAUAAAUACAGUGUUCACAUUACUAAACUCAUAGAAACAAAUCAUGUAGACUUAUUAGACCUUAUAAAUAACUUGUUUAGGAAAAGUAAGAAGCCAAAAAUAGAUGUACAACAUACCUUAUAGAAUAUAGAAAUAUGUAAAAAUUGUAACUAUGUAUCAUAUUAUAAAGUUAUAGAGAUGUAUAUAUCAAGUUUACUGUGCAAUCUGCAAGUUUAACAUGAAGAAAAAGUGCAAUGUACAACUUUAUUUCAUCAUGUGAUAUUUUAUUUCUAUGUGAA